CUGGCUGAUGCCUCCUGCUGCCCAGCCGGGCCGGCACCGUCCUCGCCUGCUGACCUCUGCCUACUGGCACAACCACCGCAGCCACCUGCUCUGCCUGGCCAUCUACGUGGGCCUCCAUGUGCUACUCUUUGCGCUGGCAGCAAGUGUACACCGGGCCUUCGGCACCAGCAUCAUGGUGGCCAAGGGCUGUGGCCAGUGCCUCAACUUUGACUGCAGCUUCAUUGUGGUACUGAUGCUCAGACGCUGCCUCACAUGGCUACGGGCUACAUGGCUGGCUCAGGUCCUGCCGCUGGACCAGAACAUCCAGUUCCACCAGCUUAUGGGCUACGUGGCGGUCGGGCUCUCCCUUGUGCACACCGUGGCCCAUGUAGUAAACUUUGCGCUCCAGGCUCAGUCUGAGGCCAGCCCCUUCCAGUUUUGGGAACUGCUGCUCACCACGAGGCCUGGCAUUGGCUGGGUCCAUGGCUUGGCCUCCCCAACCGGCGUUGCUCUGCUGUUGUUGCUGCUCGUCCAGUUUGCUUGCUCCAGCUCCUGUGUCCGCAGGAGCGGCCACUUUGAGGUGUUCUAUUGGACCCACCUGUCCUACCUUCCCAUGUGGCUCCUGCUCAUCCUGCAUGGGCCCAACUUCUGGAAGUGGCUGCUCGUCCCUGGCACCUUGUUCUUCAUAGAGAAGACUAUUGGCCUGGCAGUGUCCCGCAUGGAGGCCCAGUGCAUUGUGGAAGUCAAUCUACUCCCUUCCAAGGUUACUCAUCUCCUCAUCAAGAGGCCCCCGCUUUUCCACUACAGGCCUGGAGACUACUUGUAUCUGAACAUCCCCUCCAUUGCACACUACGAGUGGCACCCCUUCACCAUCAGCAGUGCUCCCGAGCAGAAAGACACCAUCUGGCUGCACAUCCGGUCCCAGGGCCAGUGGACAAACAGGCUGUAUGAGUCCUUCAAGAAAUCAGACCCCAUGGGCGAUGGUUGCAAGAGUCUCUCGAGGAGUUUGAAAAUGAGAAGGAGUCAGAGGAAGGCUCAGCCCCAGCCCAUCUGUUUUGGAGUCUCAGCACAGGGAGCAGUGGCCUCCAACAAGGACAUUGCCGUGGAGCUGACAUCGUACAGGCCUGAGGAAGCUCCAUGGCAGGGAGAUGAAGGCCCGGUGUCUACUGGGACAAAGGAUGAGACUCAGGCACAGUGGGAAGCUGCAACUGGAGAUGGGGGCCUGGUCUCCGAGGUGUCCUCUGAGAACCACCAAUUCUGUAACAUCAAGUGCUACAUCGAUGGCCCUUACGGGACUCCCACCCGCAGGAUCUUUGCCUCCGAGCACGCCGUGCUGAUCGGUGCAGGCAUUGGCAUCACCCCCUUUGCCUCCAUCCUGCAGAGCAUCUUGUACAGGCACCAGAAGAGAAAGCACGUCUGCCCCAGCUGUCAGCACUCCUGGUUAGAGAGCAUCCAGGUUGAUGACAUGAAACUCCGUAAGGUGGACUUCAUCUGGAUCAACAGAGACCAGUGGUCUUUCGAGUGGUUUGUGAGCCUGCUGACCAAACUGGAGAUGGACCAGGCCAAGGAGCCUCAAGAGGGCCGCUUCCUGGAGCUGCACAUGUACAUGACCUCUGCGCUGGGCAAGAAUGACAUGAAGGCCAUUGGCCUGCAGAUGGCCCUUGACCUCCUGGCCAAGAAGGAGAAGAAAGAUUCCAUCACGGGCCUCCAGACACGCACCCAGCCUGGGCGGCCUGAUUGGAACAAGGUGUUCCAGAAGGUGGCAGCGGAGAAGAAGGGCAAGGUGCAGGUCUUCUUCUGUGGCUCCCCAGCUCUGGCCAAGGUGCUCAAGGGCCACUGUGAGCAGUUCAGCUUCAAAUUUUUCCAAGAGAACUUCUAGCUCCACCUCUCCAAGCUCUGCCCACACCUGCCAACCUGAGUGCUACCACUGUCCUGCAAGGACUGGCCUCAGAAGACCCCCAAAUCCUCUUCCACACACAUGACAGGAUGCCCUAGGGGACAGAUGAACUUCCUUCAGAGCCCAGGGAGAAGGGCAGGGCUUCGUGUGGCGCUGCUGUGAGUUCUGGGAUUGCUAUGGGCCUGAUCA